CUGCACUGCCAGUCUUGACUUGGCGCUUUGAACAGUGAACUUUGAAGCCGUAGCCUGCGUAGGUCCUGCAAAGUUUCGCUGGUUCAGUGUCAGACUCCAGCCUGGACACUGUUGUCAGGACAGGGUACAGGACAUGCACUUGUGCAGAUCUGGAGCCUGGAGGGGACAAAGCUGGAGCCUUGAUGCCGCGACAUUGUCCAAGCUAGACCCGUCACCCCAGAUCUCGCUUCGGCCCAGUACACUUUCCUUUCUGCUGACCAGAGGCCGCAAUUUAGCGCUGCUUCCCAGGCACCAUGGCCCUGACCGCCGCCAGCCUGCGCCUCGCUGCCGUUGACAGCUUGGCAGCCUCCUGCAAAAGCCCCAGCACCCUCUCCUCCACUUCCAGCAAUGUGGCACCAUUACCGCUCUCUCGCAUGCAAUGCAGGCCUGAGGCGCUCCCCAAGGCUUUCUUUGGCCAAUUGGUGAUCCGUGAGGCAGUAGAGACCGCUCGCAAGCCCCGCGGCAGCUCUAUCGCGGGGGCGGUGGCCAGUGCCGCAGCCGCACCCAGCAGUGGGGCUGCCAAGAAGGGGGGGUCAGUGGAGGGCAAGCCGACCAUCCUGGUGCCAGAGAAGCUGGGUGAGGCGGGGAUUGAGCUGCUGCGGCAGUACGCCAACGUGGAUCUGGCGUACAAUUUGACGCCGGAGGAGCUGCUGGCCAAGGUCAGCCUGGUGGACGCGCUGAUUGUGCGCAGCGCCACCAAGGUGACGCGCGAGGUGUUUGAGGCCGCCAACGGGCGCCUCAAGGUGGUCGGGCGCGCAGGUGUGGGCAUCGACAACGUGGAUCUGCAGGCCGCCACCGAGGUGGGCUGCCUCGUGGUCAAUGCGCCCACCGCCAACACGGUGGCCGCCGCAGAGCACGGCAUCGCGCUGCUGGCCGCGCUCUCCAGGAAUGUGGCGCAGGCCAAUGCGUCAAUGAAGGCAGGCAAGUGGGCGCGCAACAAGUACGUGGGCGUGUCCCUGGUGGACAAGACGCUGGCCGUCAUGGGCUUUGGCAAGGUGGGCUCCGAGGUCGCGCGCCGCGCCAAGGGCCUCGGCAUGAAGGUCAUUGCGCACGAUCCGUAUGCCCCGGCCGACCGCGCGCGCGCCAUUGGGGUGGACCUCGUCUCCUUUGAUGAAGCGCUGGCCGCGGGUGACUUCUUCAGCCUGCACAUGCCGCUCACACCCACCACCGACAAGCUGUUCAACGACGAGACAUUUGCCAAGAUGAAGCGCGGCGCGCGCAUUAUCAACGUUGCACGUGGCGGCGUCAUUGAUGAGCCUGCCCUCGUGCGCGCCCUCGACAGCGGCAUCGUUUCCCAGGCUGCGCUGGACGUGUUCACCAAGGAGCCGCCCCCUGCGGAUGACCCUCUCGUCAUGCGCGACGACGUUGUUGUGACCCCCCAUCUGGGCGCCAGCACCACAGAAGCGCAGGAGGGUGUGGCGGUGGAGAUUGCGGAGGCCGUCAUUGGUGCGCUGCAGGGCGAGCUGGCCGCCACCGCCGUCAACGCGCCCAUGGUCCCAGCAGAGGUGCUGUCGGAGCUGCAGCCGUACGUGUCGCUGGCGGACCGGCUGGGCCGCAUUGCGGUGCAGCUCGUGAGCGGCGGCGCGGGGGUGAAGGACGUGCGCGUGACGUACCGCACGGGCCGCAGCGCGGACGACCUGGACACGCGGUUGCUGCGCGCCAUGAUCACUAAGGGGCUCAUUGAGCCGGUGAGCAGCGCGUUCAUCAACCUGGUGAAUGCGGACUACACGGCCAAGCAGCGCGGGCUGCGCAUCAGCGAGGUCAAGGAGAGCACCGACGGCGGGGAGGGCGAGAGCGGGGCGCCGCUGGAGAGCAUCCAGAUCGACAUCAGCAACGUGGAGUCCAAGUUUGCGAGCGCGACGGGGCAGCCGGGCCACAUCACGGUGGUGGGCGCGGUGAAGGGCGGCGUGGCGUACCUGACCAAGAUCGGCAGCUUCAACAUGGACAUCGCGCUGGAGGGCAGCGUGGUGCUGUGCCGGCAGCAGGACCAGCCCGGCAUGAUCGGGAGCGUGGGGACCAUCUUCGGCAAGUCCAACAUCAACGUCUCCUUCAUGAGCGUCGGCCGCACGGGGCCACGGCAACAGGCCGUCAUGGCCAUCGGCGUGGACGACGAGCCGGCCAAGGAGGUCCUCAACGAAAUUGCGUCCCUGCCCGCCAUCUCGGAACUUGCAUACAUCAAGCUUUGAGUGAGGCGCAGCUCCCCUACGAACGUGACAAAAAAGUUGAGGGUAGACUGCUGGAUAGCCGCUUAUGUAAUCUGGGAUUCUUCUCGGAACGAGAUCGCUCAACUUAUAUGAGGUUCGACCAGUACAAUCCUGUGUAGCAGCAAGAGUUUUACUUGCCAAUAGAUAGCAGACAGAGACAACGGCACUCGGUUCAGUCUGGAGUCAUGCAAUUGCUGUAACAAACAAUCAUUGAUGGGCCUGACUGAAUCGAUUUAAGGUGCAAGCGGAAAGAAGUCAAGUCAGUCUCGAUACUUCAUAGCGUUGUUGAAGAACGCCGCGACCCCGCCCCUAACUCGGGAGGCCGCAGAAGCUAUCACUGCCAGAUUGGAAAGUCGAUUCGUUUGCAGGAUAAGGUAGAAUGACCGUAGAUAUUCGUAUCGACGGCGCGCGGAACCUCAGCCAAAUGGUGGAGUUUCGAUGGUGUCAAUGGCUGCCCGCAGCCCAUGUCUACAGAAAUCCGGGUACACCGCCGCACGCAACGACAUUUGAUUUUGGACACGCGUCGCGCGGUGAACCUACCCAAUUUUACAUUCAUGUCAGAAAUUUCAUCGGGCCCGUACGGUCGACCGACUUCUACGGGUGAGCCUCUACGGUCAGUGUAGAUUUAAAUUCGGUUGUACGCGACUCUGCUACCAUUUACACAUUUGCUUGAAGAGGAUGAUAUCAUUUCGAAUCCGGCCUAGGUAUCACCUACUCCAGUUGAAUAUUCCGAACUUGGGCAACAGUGGUAGGCCGGUCGAACCAGCGCGGUACACUAUGGACCGGGCAAUUAAUCCAGUCGAUGUACAGUCUGCAAUAGUGCCCGGUGGUCUAGCC